AUCAGUCUCCACACGGACGCGAUGUCGGACGAGGGGAAGCUGCUGCAGUGCCCCCUGUGCAAGUGGGUGCUCAUCAGCCACGCGGCGUUGCAGGACCACAUGAAGAAGCACGGGCGGCAGACCGAGGUGGAGUACUUUCAGUGCGGGUGGUGCUCUUAUAGCACCUACUGCCGGCGCACGCUCAGCAACCACGAGAGGAUCCACACGGGCGAGAAGCCCUACAAGUGCGCCGUGUGCGACAAGGCCUUCACCGAGAUGGGACCGCUCAACAAGCACAAGCGGACGCACACGGGCGAGAAGCCCUACAAGUGCGCUACGUGCGGCAAGGUUUUCGCGCACUCGGGCACCCUCAAAACGCACGAGAAGUCGCACACCUCCGAGAAGACCUACAAGUGCCCCGUGUGCACCAAGGUGUUCGCCAGCCCGGAGAGCGUUCAGAGCCACCGGGCGGUGCACAACGGCAAGAAGCCGUUCGAGUGCGACGCGUGCGGCAAGGCGUACGCCAACCUGGGGUUCCUUGAGCGCCACGAGGCGACGCACGCCGAGGAGAGGCCGUACGUGUGCACGGUGUGCGACAAGUCGUUCACGCACGCCAAGGACCUGCGCAGCCACCAGAGGGUUCACCUGCGCAAGAGGAAAGGCUACAAGUGCAAGCGAUGCGAGAGGUCGUACACCAGGCUGGGCGCCCUCCGUACGCACGAGAAGACGCACGCCGACGACGCGCCGCACGCUUGCUCCGAGUGCGGCGAGGCGUUCACGGAGCUGGACAGCCUGCAUCGGCACGAGAUGACUCACAAGGAGCAGAAGCCACUGCUGUGUUCAGAGUGCGGCGAGGCGUUCACGGAGCUGGAGAGCCUGCGUCGGCACGAGAGGUCUCACAAAGACAAGGAGCAGAAGCCACUGCUGUGUUCAGAGUGCGGUGAGGCGUUCACGGAGCUGGACAACCUGCUUCAGCAUGAAAGAACUCACAAGGAGCAGAAGCCACUGCUGUGUUCAGAGUGCGGCGAGGCGUUCACGGAGCUGGACAGCCUGCGUCAGCACGAGAGGACUCACAAAGAGCAGAAGCCACUGCUGUGUUCAGAGUGUGGCGAGGAGUUCACUGAGUUGGACAGCCUGCGUCAACACGAGAGGUCCCACAAGGAGCAGAAAGCAACGUCAUCAAACAGGCAGCAGCAGGAGGACAGUGACAUGGGUACAAACCCGCGUGGUCUGGAAAUUUCCUAGAUGUUCCUCACGCUUGGUUUGAGAUAAGGAGUGGGGAUUAUGGUCAAAUGAUACAUCUGUAGC